UCUACCGGAUUAACGAUACAAGACUGGUUAACGAUUUUCAUAUCAAUAAUGGAUUGAAGUUGACUCAGUAGCUAGAGAGAGAGAGAGUGAGAAGGGAGAGAGAUAUGGCGGAUGCAGCAGUGGAAUUUCUGCUGAACAAUCUCAAAGAGCUACUGCUCUACCACUCGAAGCUAAUCACCGAAACCAGAAGCCAGAUCGUGAGCCUCGACAAGGAUCUCCGCGUCUUCAAAGCCUUCCUCAAAGACUCGGUGAAGAAGCGGAGAGAGGACGAGCACACCAAGGCUCUGGUGCAGAACAUCCGCGACGUCGUCUACGAGGUCGAAGAUGUCGUCGAUCUCUUCGUCACCAAAGCCAUCGAGAAGAAGGCCAAAGGCACUUCUCUCAAAUUCUGGAAGCCUUCCUACGAUCUCCACACCAUCGGCGGGAAGGUCGAGGAGGUUAAGAAGAAGGUGGAGCGAGCGAGGAUGGAUUUCGCCAACCUCACAAUCGAUCACGAAAACAGAUCUGAAAAACCGCAGAUUUGGCCAUUACGGGAAAGAGAUGUGGUGGGCUUCGUAGACGUGACAAACGACCUAAUACAUCGGCUGACUCAAGUAACUGACUAUUUGGAUGUCGUUUCUCUGACUGGCAUGUUUGGCCUUGGCAAGACGACAGUGGCGAGGAAGAUCUUCAAUGACCCAGCAAUCAUCUAUGAGUUCCCUAUCCGCAUAUGGCUUCAUAUUUCUCAAGAGUUCUCAAACAAGGAUGUUUUUCUAGCCAUUAUCAAAGCGUUCACCGCCAUAACUGAGGACAUACGUCAAAAAGAUGAGGAAGACCUACGUCGAGAUGUUGCUGAUCGUCUAGAGAAAGUAUGCUUUCUAAUUGUGAUGGAUGAUGUUUGGAAUACAGCUGAUUGGGACAGACUUCGCUUUGCCCUCCCUGAGAUAAAUAAAAACGGUAAAAUCUUGAUCACCAGUCGCAACGAGGAUGUUGGCAGCUAUGCUAGUUGCCCAAGACCUCCCAAGAAGUUGCGCUUCUUUAAUCAAGAUGAAAGUUGGGAGCUCCUCCGGUUGGAGGCACUUCGUGGCCAGGACUGCCCUUCUGACUUGGAAAGUGUCGGGCAAAUAAUUGCAAGAGAUUGUCAUGGAUUGCCUCUUUCAGUAGUAGUCAUAGGUGGAAUCCUUGCCACAAAGUAUUCGGCCUUGGACAAAAGUGUAACUAAAAAAGCAUGGGAGGAAAUGUCCACACAAGUGAGUGGAUUUCUUAAAGAAGAUCCCACCAAUCGCGUGAACAAAUUUAUAUCUUUGAGUUAUGAUAAACUGCCUUAUAACUUGCGUGCAUGCUUUCUCUAUCUGGGGGUAUUUCCAGAGGACUAUGAGAUUCCAGUGUCGAGAUUGAUUCGCAUGUGGAUUGGGGAAGGAUUCAUACAACAAAGUAAUGAUUCUAGCUUGGAGGAAACUGCGGAGAAGUACUUAAAGGAUCUUAUUAACAGAAACUUGGUCACAGUCGACAAGUUUAAGCCGGAUGGUAAGGUCAAGACAUGCAGGAUUCAUGAUACAUUGCGUGAAUUCUGUCGGACUGAAGCUGCAAAUGAGAAUGAAAACUUUUUCCAAGAAAUCAAGUCUAGAAAUGGAACUUUUGAUCCGAAUUUAGAGCAGUAUCGCCGUAUUUCUAUUCAUACCAAUUGCUUGAAGUUUAUCCGUUCAAAACCUGCUGGCCAUCGUGUUCGGUCAUUUGUUUGUUUUUCCAAAGAUGGAUUCAUCUUGCCCCCAGAGAGCGUUCCACACAUGCUUGGAGCUUUUGAAUUGCUCAGGGUUUUAGAUGUCAAACCCAUCAAACUCACCAAAAUUACCAGUCACAUGUAUGAAUUGAUUCAUGUGAGGUACAUUGCCUUGUCAUUGGACAUGCCAACUCUUCCUUCAAAAUUCAGCGAGCUUUGGAACAUACAAACACUUAUAGUUGACACCACAUUGCGUGAGCUUGCAGUGAAAGCGGAUAUAUGGAAAUUGUCUCGGCUUAGGCAUUUCAAGACUAAUGCAUCAGCUACUUUGCCCAAGCCGGGCAAAGACAGCAAACACGGUGCAGAGCUUCAAACACUUGGCACGAUUUCUGUGAAGAAUUGCAAUACAGAGAUAUUUGAUAGGGCUUGCAAUUUAAAGAAAUUGGGCAUUCGUGGGGAGCUAGCCUUGCUUUUGGAAAGAAAGAUGGAAUCAUUUGAUGCCAUUGGAAAACUGAAGUAUCUUGAAAAGCUUAAGCUAAUGAAUGACGUGUAUCCUAGACCAGCUUCUGAAGGCGGACUGGAUUGCCUUCCUCAACCUUAUCAAUUCCCGUCUACACUUAAGAGCCUCACACUGAUCUCCACGUUCCUCCGUUGGGAUUCCAUGCAUAUCCUUGGGUUGCUAGAGAACCUUGAGAUUCUCAAGUUGAAAGAUAAGGCGUUCAUUGGGGACAUAUGGAAGGCGGUUGAUGGAGGUUUUCGCCAUCUUGAAUUCUUGCAAAUUGAAGAGACGGAUUUAGUUUGUUGGGAGGCUUCAUCCCAUCACUUCCCUAGAUUGAGAAGCCUUGUGCUCAAGAACUGUGAUAAGCUUAUCAAGAUUCCAAUUGCACUGGCCGAAGUAGAAACACUUCAAAUGUUGGAGAUGUACGUCUGUAAAUCUGCUGCUGCAUCUGCUAAGGACAUUCAGGUGAAGAGAAGUGCACAACCUGAAGGCUUUACAUUCAAGCUCUCAAUUUUCCCGCCUCCCGAAUGAAUGAUCAUUCUUGACAGGGGCUUGCUUGAAGAACUGCUGCCACAGUUCUACUGCAAAAUGUUGCAUCUUUUGGAGUAAUAAGUGGUGGGAAUACUUGAUUAUAUAUAUAUAUGAUGUAUGCUAUGCUAAACUGAAACCAUUGCAUGGUUGUAAUAUAAUUUGUUUGUCAGUAAAUGUGAAUACAUUUUCCUUUCCUAUUGAAGUUGAUUGAAGAUUGUUUUGUAAUUUAUUUGAAUACAAACCGAAUGAUUUGAUCUUCUUGUUUUCA